AUGGCUACCGUCCAAUCUACUCAGUCCCCACAGCCAAUCGAGCCGACUACCCAGCCCCCCUAUGUCCACAUCCUCUUCGACGUCAAGACAUCCCCAAAAAAGCUAAAACCGAUCCUCCUUGAGACUUUGCAUCACAAGAUCUACCACCGCGAUGUGAAGAUCUACCCCUCAUUCGAGGCCAUGAAGAACGCCGGAGCCGUCAAGCGCGGCAACGUCGUCGUUUCCCUGAGAGCAGGGGGAAUGAACGAGGACCAGAUUGUUAUGGUGGCGCGGACAACGAUCCAGAAGCUCAGUAUGGACUGGGAUAAGAAUGAGCUGGCCGGCGAGGCGCUCUGCUUGGUUAUCGAGGAUAAGAUGAGGAGUUCUGGGUGGAGCCUCAUGCCCUACAAUGCUUGGAGGGAGCAGAGCAAGCGCCGCUGA